AUGGAACCAGAAUCAGAACCCUUGAAGACUCAAAAACCUAAAAAAAAAACGCUAAAAGAAAAAUAUCAAUACCUAAGACAGAAUUUUACUAUUGAACCAGUGUUAGCAUGUUAUGUAGUCCCAGUAGUAUUGUCUAAACUCGCAACACAAAAUCUCAAUUUGGACAAAGCUUGUCGGUUGAAUUUGAAGUACAGUGAUGCAGUCUGCGACGCCCUCAUUGCAAGAAAAGGGGAUAUGUAUCAAAACGAAGAAGCAGCAGUUCAAGAACUCGUUGCUGGAAUGGAGGCAUGGAAGAACGUUAUACUUACAGCUUUACCUAGUUUCUUAAUUCUGUUUAUAGGAGCUUGGAGCGACAGAACUAGAAGAAGGAAAAUAUGCAUUCUUCUGCCAAUUGUGGGAGAUUUACUUGCAUGUGUCAGCGAUAUUUUUAGUACCUACUUCUUUUACGAGCUACCGCUUGAACUGUGUAUGUUUCUAGAAGCUUUCUUUCCAGCUAUAACAGGAGGAUGGAUUACAAUGUUUAUGGGAGCAUUUUGUUAUAUAAGUGACGUGUCCAGUGAAGAGAGCAGGACAUUCAGGGUGGGUGUAGCUAACCUCUGUUUGACAGCGGGUGGUCCAAUUGGAACGGCUUUAAGUGGGAUAUUGUUGGAGAAAAUUGGAUACUAUGGAGUAUUUUCCAUAAGUUCUCUUUUAUGUUUGUUCAGCAUUGUCUAUGGAAUGUAUUGUAUUAAAGAUCCUGAACUACCAAGACCAGAAAAUGAUGCUGAGGACAAAGGAUUUCUAAAGACAUUUUUCAAUCCGAAGCAUGUGAAAGAUACAUUAACAGUUGCUUUUAAAAAGGGACCAAACCGGCGUAGAACUAAGUCUAUUUUGGUAUUAGCUUCCAUUGCAUUCAUCUAUGGACCUUCUUAUGGUGAGAUGACAGUACGGUAUUUGUUCAGCCGAUACCGGUUCAACUGGGACGCUCUGAAAUACAGCUUCUAUCAGACUUUUUACACCGUUUUGCAUGCAAUUGGUGCCUUGGUAUCCGUAAGCAUCUUUAGCCGCAAAUUCCGCUGGGGUGAUUCCGUUUUGGGUCUUAUUUCCAGCGUCAGUAAGAUAGCUGGGGGAUUAGCUACUGGGUUGGCUCAGACUAGCUUUCAAAUGUAUCUAGCUGUAGUGAUCGAGACUUUCAACGCGACAUCCUUUACAGCACUACGAUCUAUCUCCUCUAAAUUGGUCAACAGUGAUGAAUUGGGCAAGAUGACGUCACUCUUCAAUCUGACAGAAGUAGUAACAUCGAUGAUUUUUGGCCCCAUAUAUUCCUGGACGUACAUGUUGACUCUGAAAUUUGAUGCUGGUUUCGUUUAUUAUGUGAGCACUUGUCUUACCAUUGCUCCCAUUUUGAUAUUUGGGUGGUUCUUCAAGCAGGAUAAAAAGAGUAGAAAUAACAAAAAAUCGAAUGAUGGUGAAAGCUGCAAAGAUAACAACGACGAAAAGGAUCAACGGAAAUCCAAGGAGCAGGAAAAAAAAGACCCUGUGAUAUGCAAAAUUGAUCUAGCUGAUGAAAAGAUUAUCAUAGAGUAAUUUUAGUUCAAUUGACUUUAUUAUUUUAGUGAUAAAUGUAAAUUUUAAAUUAAACCA